UAGCAAGCGAAGAAAACGUUUUGUGUGUAUAUCAACGAACGGACUUUCUAUACAAUUAUUUUUUUGAGUUGAGUAAUCUUUUAUUUGUGUAAAAAUAAUUAAUUCUUCAUAACAGUGGUGUACAGUCAACAAUUCUAUUCACAAACGGAAUGACUUCGGACGAGAUGCAUUUGUCAAAAACCUGCAAUGAUUUUGACUUUAAUGAUAGUGUCCCACUACAACAGCACACAGCCAGAGUCGGUCAGACUUUAACGAGUUCGGUAGAAAUAAGUUAUUACAAUUUAUAUGAUGGCGACACACUAAGUGAUGUUGACAAGAGGGGAGUUCCUUCUUCGAACAUACCAGAAAACCCAACAAUUAAUAACUUGGACACAUUAGUAGAGGACAUCUAUGUCAGACAUACAGCUUUUAAAGCCAAAGACUUUGAGUUGUAUUACAAAGUCUUUGAUAACAUAAUUUCCAGUAUUCAUAAAAAUAUGAAGGCUGUUGACCCAUAUUUUGAACGCUAUUCGAGUACAAUCCAGGCGACGGGAAGUCAUUCUGAUAGAGUACGUAUCAAUAAACCUGAUGAAUUUGAUAUGGAUGUAAUUAUUAAACUCCCAUUUAACAAAAACGAGGAUCCGUUAGACCCCAGUAAUAGUGAUAUAAUACUAGAGCCUUCAUGUAAUGGAUUCGUCCAAAUCAAAAUGGGAAGACAAUGCCAACGUAUACUCGAGUUAGAUGAGUGCAAUAAAACAAUUAUUAAGUGGACGGAUGCGGAUCAUUAUAUACUUCAAAACAAAUUUAAAGACUGGUUCAAAGGCGUUUUACACAAGGCUUUGAAUAAAUUUAACAAUCAUGGCAAUUAUAAAUACGUUACGAUUGAUGGCAUCCAAUAUAUCAUACGUACUUCAGAGUCCGGUCCUGCUAUAACUCUGAAAAUAAGUAACGAUAAUAAAUUCAAACUGGACGUUGAUUUAGUACCAGCUUUACAAUUUCCCGAGGAGCGUUGGCCAAUUAACAGUGAUUAUCGAGACAUACCUGCUGGAUGUUCCGUGCAGAUUGGGUGGAUGGUCGUGCCGAAGCCAAGCAAAUGUGGCAACAUCUCCCGCUCUUGGCGUUUGGCCCUAUGCAACCAGGAGAAGAAAUUGAUUUACAACACUUGUAACUUGAGGAAGACUCUACAACUACUAAAAAAACUGCGGGAUGCUCAAAAAAUGAAUGAGGUAAUAAUGAGUUAUUAUAUAAAGACAUUAUUCUUUUGGGAGAUUGUGCAACAAAAAUCGAAUGAAACGUUUUGGGAUCAGCCUGUAUCUAAACUCUUCAUAAUAAUGGUGAAGAAGUUCCAGCAAGCAUUAGCAAAUGGGAAUAUUCCAUAUUUCUGGAACGAGAACCAUAAUCUUAUAGAUAGCGUUGCGCCUAACGUGCUGACGGAUUACGCUAACAGGUUGAGUGAACUCCUCAUCAUACUGGACAAUCCCACUGACUACAAAAUUGUCGCCAAAUAUCUAUUAACUAAUGACGAAUAUGACAAGUACAAGUCUAUAUUAUUGGACUACCAUGAAACAAUUUUGUUUAAUAAAUAUGGAGAGUUAAUAAAUUGAAUGAGAUUGUGUGUGCAGCUGCACACAGCUAUUUAUAUAACUGAUGAAUGAAUAGUAUUCUAUUCAGUAAUAUUAUUUCCUUUGUAUUUAUUUAAAAUAUAAUACUUUGAUUACG